AGCUUUAAGCUUAUGAGAGAAAGUUAUAAUUCAGUUUUUACUUUCGAACAGAAUAAUUCAAUACAAAAUGAAAAUCUUCAUUGUUUUCGCUGCCCUCUUUGCCCUCGCUUUGGCUGCUCCCGCUGAACAUGGUGCUGAAAUCGUCCAUCAAGAAUCUGAUGUUGAACCUGAGGGCUUCAGAUUCCUUACCGAAACCUCCGAUGGUACCCAUCAUGAUGCUGAAGGCAAAGUAAAGGAUGUUGGUUCUGAUCAUGAAGCCAUCGUUGUUCAUGGUUCUUACUCCUGGGUUGAUGAGAAGACUGGCGAAAAAUUCACCGUUAACUAUGUUGCCGAUGAAAACGGUUUCCAACCCGAAGGUGCUCAUUUGCCUAAACCCGAACAUUAAGUGUUUGUGUGAUAAUAAAUCCGGCGGAAGUUGAAUUGUUUUGUUAAAUAAUUUAAUAGGUUUUUAUUUUGAAAAUAAAUGAAAUAGAAUAAUUAAAUUGAA